AUGGGCAUCGACUUCACAGUGUUCAAGGGCUCCAAGUCUGGAGAAAUCGUUGAAGCCAAAGGCCAUCGCGACGUCGGACCAACGGAGGCACUAAUCAAACUAAGUCACUGUGGUGUCUGUGGAACCGAUGAGCACUACAAGCAUGCUGAUCAAGGUCUGGGACAUGAAGGAGUCGGAGUCAUCACCGAGAUAGGGUCCCUAGUGCCUCAGGUGUCGGACCUAAAGGUGGGUGAUCGAGUGGGGAUGGGAUGGAUACAGAAGGUUUGCGGCUAUUGCAAGCCUUGCUUGACAGGCAUGUUGAUCCAAGGGCAGCAUUUCAAAUGCGUCAACGUCGAACAAUUCGGAACUGCCAAUCGGGAUGAAGGAUGCUUUGGAACGGGAAUCGCCUGGGAUGUAUCUGCUCUCUUCAAAAUUCCCGAUUCGGUGGGCUCAGAAUAUGCCGGCCCUUUGAUGUGUGGAGGUGCAACCGUAUGGGGACCACUCUAUGAACACAACUUCAAAGCAGGAGAUCGAAUCGGCAUUGUUGGCAUUGGUGGACUUGGCCACCUCGCCAUUCAAUUUGCGUCGAAAAUGGGUUUUGAGGCUGUGGUCUUCUCAGGGACAGAAGCCAAGCGGGAAGAAGCCAAAGCUUUUGGAGCAUCAGAGUUCUAUGCCACCAAAGGAGUGACCAAGUUCGAGGGGAUCAAGCCAGUGGAUGCAUUGUUGAUCACCACCUCAGUACUGCCGGAUCUUUCUUUGUAUAUUCCAGUUCUCGCACCCUUCGCCAAGAUCUUCCCUCUGACAAUCAGCUUCGAUGCGAUACCAGUUCCUGCAUUGGCUUUUGUUUUGUACGGGUAUCAGUUGAUUGGAUCGGGUGGUGCUCAUCCAGCUUCAAUCAAAGCGAUGCUAGAGUUCGCUGGAAAGCAUGAUGUCAAACCGACGAUUGAGAAGUUUCCAAUGAGCAAGCAGGGCGUGGAAGAUGCCAUGCAGAAGCUGAGAGAUGGCAAGGUCAGAUAUAGGGGUGUAUUGGAAGUAUAG